AUGCCCCUCCUCCGAUCUUCUUCAGAGUCUCCGACAGUAACCGGAACUCCGACGUGCGGUCACGGUAAGAGUAAGCCAUCGGAGACACGUCCGUUCACCAUUGGGCUAAUAUUUCACACCGAGGCCCAAUCUGUGACUCAUUUCAGAUCUCCUUUUCUUUACAGCGCGCCGCACCACAGCCUCCUCAACGUGGCCGACCACCGUUCUUCUUCUUCAUCCUCCUCAGCAGCAAUGGCGGGAAAAUUGGCAAAAGCAGCUUAUGAUGCAAAGAUGUCGAAGCUUCUGAGAGAGUACAGUCAAGUACUGGUGAUUUCUUCGGACAAUGUGGGUUCCAACCAGUUUCAGGGCAUAAGGAGGGGACUCCAUGCCGAUUCAGUGGUGGUGAUGGGAAAGAACUCCAUGAUGAAACGUUCUAUCAUCUUGGAUGCUGAGAAGACAGGCAACAAGUCCUUCCUUAACCUUGUCCCCCUUCUUGUGGGAAAUGUGGCAUUAAUUUUCACCAAAGGUGACUUGAGAGAGGUUAGCGAACAGAUUGCCAAGCACAAGGUUGUUCAACCUAUUCUAAUGUGCCCCAAGUAUACGUCAUAUGACACAUAUCACAAUUGUUCCUAUAUGCAAUCCGGACAGAUACCUUUGGGUCUCACGUGUUGUAAUCCGCAGUCUUCGCAGGUUUCUGAGCCUUUUCUUGUAUGCUCAAAAUUCAUGCCACACCAACAUUGUUUCUUGAUGAGAUCAAGACAGUUCUUGAUGACGAGUAUAUGGUCUCCUCUUCUUCUUUUGGCUGGCAACUUGUAA